AUGUCAAUUAAUUUUUCUGUUCUUCCUGAUGUAACGCCAGAUGAAAAUGCGAUAACAAUAUUAAAUGUUCGAGCGUAUGUUAUUAAAUCAAACGAAACGGAAACAAAUACAGGUGGAUCUGCUGAUUAUCAUAGUCAAGUUGAUGGCCAUUGGAUAUUUGGAACUGAUAAAUGGCCAAUUGCUAAUCCAAUGUCAUUAUAUGAAAAAUAUAAAUCUCGUCGUUCAACUUGGGGUAUUGAUGCUAUUGGUUCAGUUAUUGUUGAAAUUGAAUUAACUAAUGGAAUAAAAGGUGUCGGAAUAUCUAUUGGAGGACAACCAGCUUGUUUUAUUAUUGAAAAUCAUUUUAGUCGAUUUCUUGAAGGGCAAGAUCCACUUAAUGUUGAAUAUUUGUGGGAUUUAAUGUGGCGUUCGUCAAUUAAUUAUGGUCGAAAAGGUUUAACUAUUCAAGCAAUAUCAGCAGUCGAUCUUGCACUUUGGGAUUGUGCAGGAAAAUUAAGAAAUGAGCCUGUUUAUAAAUUACUUGGUGGAAAAACUAAAAAUUCUUUACCUUGUUAUGCAACAUGUUAUGAUCCAUUAGCAGCAAAAAAAUUAGGUUUUAAAGGUGCUAAAUUUCCUUUACCAUACGGGCCAGCUGAUGGAGAUGCUGGUAUGAAAAGAAAUAUUCAAAGAAUUAAAGAAAUACGAGAAGCUGUUGGAGAUGAUUUUCCUUUAAUGAUUGAUUGUUACAUGUCAUUAACAGUAGGUUAUACAUUAGAAUUACUUGAACUUAUUAAACCAUACAAUAUAAAAUGGUUAGAAGAACAUUUACCACCAGAUCAAUAUGAUGGUUACGCUCAAGUUAAAAAACAAAAUCCUUCUAAAACCUUAUUAACAUGUGGUGAACAUGAAUAUACUCGAUGGGGAUUUAAAUUAUUAUUAGAUAAGAAUUGUGUUGAUCUUCUUCAACCUGAUGUAACUUGGUGUGGUGGAAUAACAGAAGCACGUCGUAUUGUUGCACUUGCAUCUGCUUAUGAUGUUUCAAUUAUUCCUCAUGGUUCAUCAAUUUAUUCGUAUCAUUUACAAUACGCAUUUCCAAAUUUGCCAAUGGGGGAAUUUAUUUUUCUUUCACCAAAUGGUGAUUCUAUUUCACCUUCGUUUGGACAAUUAUUUGAUGAUGAACCUUUGCCCAUAGAUGGAUGGAUUCAUUUAGAUCCGUAUAAGCCGGGAUUUGGUGUUACACUUAAUAGAAAAAAUCUUUAUCGACCUUAUCCAAGAGAUAAUCAAUCGAAAUAA